AUGGCUAAGAGCAGUGACUUUGGUUCGUGCAAAGAAGAAAGGAUGCAGGAAGCCUUCUUCAAAGUUAUCCAGGGAAUCGACAUUUACUCAGAGAACAUGAGAGCAUUUCCUCAUGACUUUGUGAGGAACUUCUCCGACAAGGAGCUGUCGGAGAAGAUGAAGAUAACAACUAAAUGGGGCAGAUCUUGGCAAGUGAAGAUCUCCAAAAACCCAAUAUUCUAUUUCAUGGAAAGAUCUGGAUGGGAGAAGUUUGUGAGGGAGAAUUUCUUGGGAGAGCAUGAGUACCUUAGCUUCACACACAAAGGAAACAUGAGCUUCGUAGUUAACAUAUACAAACAAGACGGCACAGAGAUGCUUCAACCUCGACAAUCCACAACCUUCUUAGCUUCUUCAAGUAAGGUUAAGACAGAACAAGGAGAAGCUGGCGUCUCCAAUGGUGUCAAGAAAGAAGAGGUUGUGUCUUCUGAGUUGAAUAACCAUGGCCCGAAGACAGCUGAAUCAAAUGGAGGAGGAAAGAAGAAGAGGAAGCACGACUCUGGUUUGAAGAAAGCUGAGGAACCACGCAGUUUUAAGAGGACCAAGAAAGUGGUUACUGGCCGGAGAAAUUCUGUAGGAGCAUCUUCUUCUACUACAGCUGCAGAAUUCACCAUCGAAAUCAUGCGCUCUUACUUGACUCUCCUGGGGGUCCCAAAAUCUUUUGGAAAUGAUCAUAUGCCAAAGACGACUACAACGUUCAAGAUACAUCACACGGAUGCGAAGAAGUCAUGGGACGUGGUUUAUUGUGCAAGGGAGAAAGGUUCAUUCUUCUCUGGUGGUUGGGUUCGUUUGGCUAGGGAGUAUCCUCUUCAAGUUGGGAACAUUUGCAAGUUCACUCUCAUCAAGCCGGACGAACUGGUUCUCGUUCGUCUUUGA